CGCUCAAAUCUUUCUAGAUCUGUUGAGGUAAUCACCAAGCCGGGGAUUCGCCGCCUCGCUCGCAGAGGUGGAGUGAAGAGGAUCAGAGGGCUGAUUUACGAGGAGAGUCGCGGCGUUCUCAAGAUCUUCUUGGAGAAUGUCAUUCGUGACGCUGUGACCUACACCGAGCACACCCGGCGCAAGACGGUGACGGCGAUGGAGAGAGAUGGCAAACUCCGGCGGGGCGCUUACUGGAGCUCUAACGGAUUAUCUGCAAUCAAUUAA